AUGGUCAAGAAAAAUUUAGAAAAUGUCGAAUUGUUAGUUGACAUUAACAAUACUCCAAAUUUCCCACCAUCUCAAACUACAGACGCUACAAUCUUAACGAAGGAAGCCCUAGAAUUCAUCGUCCUAUUACAUAGAACAUUCAAUGAAAGACGUAAAACAUUACUAAAUAACAGAGUUGCAUUCCAAAACAAAUUAGAAACCGGUAAAAUUCAAUUGGAUUUCCUACCAGAAACAGUUUCAAUUCGGAACGAUCCAACAUGGUUAGGUCCUUCUUUAGCUCCAGGUUUGAUCAACAGAUCAUGUGAAAUCACAGGUCCACCGUUAAGAAACAUGUUAAUUAACGCUCUAAAUUCAGACGUUAACACUUACAUGACUGAUUUUGAAGAUUCCAUCUCACCAACUUGGACAAAUUUAAUCGGUGGUCAAAUUAAUUUAUACGAUGUAUUAAGAAACCAAAUCGAUUUCACUUCAAUUAAGGGUAAAUCAUACAAAUUAAAUAAAAAAGUACAAGAUUCUCCAACUAUUAUAGUAAGACCACGUGGUUGGCAUAUGACUGAAAACCAUCUAUUAGUUGAUAAUGAACCAAUUUCUGCAUCCAUUUUCGAUUUCGGUCUGUAUUUCUUCCAUAACGCUGAAAAAUCUGUUCAAUUAGGUAAAGGUCCUUAUUUCUAUUUACCCAAAAUGGAACAUCAUUUAGAGGCAAAAUUAUGGAAUGAUAUAUUUAACGUGGCUCAAGAUUAUAUAGGAAUGUCAAGAGGGACUAUUAGAGCUACCGUUUUGAUUGAAACUUUACCAGCUUCUUUCCAAAUGGAGGAAAUUAUUUGGCAAUUACGUCAACAUUCUUCAGGUUUGAAUUGUGGUCGUUGGGAUUAUAUCUUUUCCACAAUUAAGAAAUUUAAAAAUGAUCCAAAUCAUAUAUUACCUGAUAGAGAUCAAGUGACUAUGACUUCUCCAUUCAUGGAUGCAUACGUGAAAAGAUUAAUUAAUACAUGUCAUCGUAGAAACGUUCAUGCUAUGGGUGGGAUGGCUGCUCAAAUCCCAAUUAAAAAUGAUCCUGUUAAAAAUGAUGCAGCUAUGAAUAAGGUAAAGACUGAUAAGAUUAGAGAAUUGACUAAUGGUCAUGAUGGUUCUUGGAUUGCCCAUCCUGCUUUGGCUCAAAUCUGUAAUGAUGUUUUCAUUAAUAUGGGGACUCCAAAUCAAAUUCAUUUUGUACCAUCAGAGGGGACUAAAGUUACCGCACAAGAUUUAACUAAUACAAAUAUUAUAAAUGCGAAAGUUAGUAUUGAAGGUAUUAAACAAAAUUUGGAUAUCGGUUUACAAUAUAUGGAAGCUUGGUUAAGAGGUUCUGGUUGUGUUCCAAUUAAUAGUUUAAUGGAAGAUGCCGCCACGGCAGAAGUAUCACGUUGUCAAUUAUACCAAUGGGUUACUCAUUCUGUAAUGACAUCUGAUGGUAUUAAAGUGACUCCACAAUUAACUUCGAAAUUAUUGAAAGAACAAGUUGAUAAACUGAAACAAGUUAGUCCUGUGGGUAAUCAAAAUAAAUUCGAUUUGGCUGCGAAGUAUUUAUUACCAGAAAUUACUGGAGAAAAAUUUAGUGAUUUCUUGACUACUUUAUUAUAUGAUGAAAUCGUUACUCCAAAGCAAAGGCCUUUUGACUUGAGUAAAUUAUAA